ACCCCACGAAGAAGCCACAGUAGGAGAUAAGAGACAGGCGGCAGGCGGCGGGACGGGCCGGGGCCGGUGAGAGGGCAGCGGCAGAUGGGGCGCGGCUCCAUGGAUCAGAGGAGAAACACAGGAAAGCAAUUUGCCAACGCGAAGCCUCGGGAAGCCCCACCAUGCGAUGCCUCUCUCCGACGCGCUGCCCCGCGGCGUCCGGGCCCGCUGCGCCCUGCCCCGAGCGCCCUCUGCUCCUCUCCCUCCGCUCCACUCCGCUCCACUCCGCUCCCGCCGCUCCGCUCCUCUCCCGCCGCUCCGGGCCGGGCCGGGCCGCUCGGAAUUGCACCCGUCCUGAGCCGCUGCUCACGGAGCUCGGAGCACGCCGCACACGUGCGGGAGCUGGUGAAACAAAAUCAGCUCCUCUUCCCCCCCUCUCCCCAACCCAGGUUUAUUCAGAAUUAAAGUUGCCCCCCACCCCCCGUAAUUUUUUUUUAUCUCCAUCCCCUUUCUGGAGCGGUAAAUAAAGCUCAUUUGCAUGUCUUUGCAGAAAGUUGCUGCCGUACUAGAAUAGAACCCGGGCUUACCUAGUUUGGCAGGGCAUGCAAAGUAGGAUUGGUUGGAUCAAUUAGAGAAUUAUCUAUUUAUGAAAUGUCUAGCUGCAAUGAAAAGAGCUGGUACAAUUAUGAACUGUUGUCUUGACAACUGGGAAGGACUGAUUGGAUCAUUUUAUCAGUAGGGUUGCUGAUUUCAAAAGCAAACUGCCGAAAAUAGUAAGGGACUUGGGCUUCAAAAAAGGGAUUUUUUUUUUUUCUUCUCCUUCUUAGCUAGUAGAGGAAAAUGUAAAGGGGGUGGGGAGAGGGAGAAGGGUCUCGCCAGGAAAAGUCUGUGAUGCAGAUUUAUUGGCAAAAAGCCAGAGUUGCUAUUGUAAAUUUCCUCGCCGGUUUCAAUGUCAACCCAAGCUCGUAUUUGAACCCGGAAUCAGGGCAAAAGCAUUAUCACUCUGUCACUUUGUUGCCAGAAGUGGAUUUUUUUUUUUUUUUUGCUAAUAUUUUACUGUUACAUCUGACAGGAUUUCACAUUUUCUGUAGCCCGCCUUUAGUACGUUGAACUGCCAGACAGAGAAAUUAAUACCCUGAGUGACUGUAUUUUAAUUAAGCAAUUUCAUGCAAAUUACAAAUUUUAGAUUGCCAAAUAAUAUAUUGCACAAAAAUUGUAGGCUGGCUGAUCUGAUAUGCAUGGAGUAUUACUCUUCCAGGCGCUGUGCAUACAUGGGAAAAUGAACAAAAAUGCUAAUUUCCAAUCUACUAUGCAAACGGAAAAAGAUGCCUAUUUAGAUACAUAUGCUUUCCUUAGGAAGGGUAAACAGUUCUUUAAUUUAAUAUAGCUGACACUUGAAGAUGUAUUUUUCUCUUUUGCAAAGAUAAUUUUUGCAUUGAACAAGUAAAUGAGAAUUCGAGUAGAAAACAUCUUGUUAAUGGCGACUAAUAAAAACUAAUAUUGCAUGCAAUAUAAUGAUAUUAAACCUUGUAACUGGUACAUAA